AUGCUCUCAGCUGACGGACAGGCCUCUCCUCCUCCGCCGGCGAUGGCUCUGGAAUUGUCCGGGCGUCCCCCGGAUGAAUCAAAGAUCAGCCUACAGGGGAAUGAGGCGGCUACUCCCGCAACCGUAUCACAACCUCUGAAUUUCAAGGCGGUGUUGGCCGGUAACACUCAGGAAACAUCAAGGAGAUCAACCCAAUGGACUUUCGUCGGCUCCAAUGAUAUCGAGACAGGCACUUUCCAGGGGGUACCGGAGCUGAAGCUUUCAGCGAACCUGAAAGAAAGACUCUGUCAGCCAUGGAGGAGAACUCUAAUAAUUCGCCUCCUUGGGCGAUCGGUCAAUUACAAUUUUCUUUGUUCUCAACUGCGUCGGUUGUGGAGGCCGACCGGUUCCUUGGAGAUAAUGGACCUGAACAACGAUACUUUUCUAACAACGUUUGGAAGCGAUCAAGAUUACUUAAGAGCUUUGACAGGAGGCCCGUGGGUAAUUCUGGAUCAUUAUCUUGUAGUUCAUCAGUGGUCCCCAAAUUUCCGUACAUCGGACAAGCCACAUCGAUCAGUGGUUGCCUGGGUUCAGUUCCCUGAGCUCCCAGUCCACUAUUAUCACAGGGAGGUUCUUUUCGCCAUAGGAAAUCUCGUCGGCAGGACGGUCAAGCUCGAUUACCACACCGAAAAUCUGGAGAGAGGCAAGUUCGCGCGUAUCGCCAUCGAGCUGGACAUGUCCAAACCCCUCCCGACACGAAUCAGACUUGACGGCGCCUGGCAGGGUGUCCUCUACGAAAAUCUACCAACCAUUUGCUAUGCCUGUGGCAGGAUUGGGCAUUUGGAUGAAGGAUGCCCAUCACGGAAUCCAAUCCCUCUGAAGGCCCUCCCAAUGGCGACAGAUCAAGACCACAAUGCUCAUCCGACGGGGGAGUCGCCGGAGAUUCCCUCCGGUUACGGGCCAUGGAUGCAGGUCGUCAGAAAGGGAAGGAAACAGAUUAGGAAAUUCGAAUCGACCCAGGCGCAGAGUCAGGGAGCGAAUAAAGGAAGAAAGCAAGAAGCUGGGCGGGAUUUGGGCGCUAACAAAGGAAGGGGAGCUAGUGAAUCAGCAAAGGAUAUUAUGGAAACUAAAGGAAGGCAUGAGCAGAAGCUGGGUGCUAAACAGGUGAAGCAGGGAGUCAAUAAAGGGAAAAGUGUUGAUGAAGGUGCUGGUGCCAACGGUAACAAGAACACGAACGGCAGUAAAGAGUGGAGGCCUGUUGGGCCAAAGGAACGGGGGGAAACAUCGUCCAACAAUGAGAAAGGUUUCUUUAAACCUGGCCCAACAACUAAGGCCGCUAUGGAUAAUCAACCAGACCCAGCCUCUAAAUCAACCAACGAACAACAACCUGAGUCUCUUCCUACCGUUCUGGUAACCGGCCCAAACAAGACAAAAAUCCAAAUUCUAGAGGUCCCUGAAUUGAGCCUGCCCCAGAAAGAAAAUCAGAACCCCAACACCAGCUCCUCUUCGAUCCGACAACACUUCCCCAGGCAAAAGACGGAACGCUCAACGCAACACAAGGGUGUGAAUCUAAGGGCCUUGAAAAAACCCCUUCAAAUCCAGAGCCCCGGCAAGAAAGAGGUUCAUCAGAAACAGAAACAGGGGGUCUUUCCGAUAUCGAUUCAGGCGAUAGAGGAAUUCUGCACCCCAUCCCACAAGAAAAGUGAUAGGUUCUCGGGGCCUCUCGACAUCGAGAAAGGAGAUGUGGCUAUGGUUGAGAGGAGCAUCAUGGAAACCUCCAAAGAGCAGUCCCACGCAGGGGGACAGGAGGCAUCUACACAUGAAGCCACCUGA